AUGGACAAUUCCAUUCCUCCUCUCCCCAAAGAGCGCCUCUCCUUCUCCCAUCGCCUCAGCUGUUUCCUCUUCCUCUGGCUGCUUAAAGCCCUCGCUGCCCUCUACCUGCUCUACCUCCGCCUCAUCCACCGCCCCCAACCAGGCACCCAACCCACCCUCACCAAGCGCUAUGCCUGCCGCCCCAGCCUGGAAGCUCGCAUCUUCUUCCCGCGCUCCUACAGCGCCGCCCAGCGCCCGCUGCUCCCGCUCUACCUGAACAUUCAUGGCGGCGGCUUCGCGUUGGGCGACGCCACCGUCGAUGACCCCUUCUGCAGCGCCUGGGCCGCCCGCACCGGUAUGCUGGUCGUCAGUCUCAACUACCGCAAGGCACCGCUGCACCCGUUCCCCACGGCCACUCUAGAUGUGGCAGAGGUGGUCCGCGGGGUGCUGGCAGACGCCUCCCUCCCUAUUGACCCCUCACGUAUUGUUAUCGGCGGCUUCAGCGCAGGCGGCACCCUCGCGCUGUCGGCCUCGCAGCUGCCCGGUCUAAAAGGCCGGAUCAAGGCUGCGGUGGUCUACUACCCCAUCGUGGACUUUAGUCACCCGCCUGAUGAAAAGCUGGCUGCCAGACCGUACACAGACGGUCCUUCGGAGUCGCUGGAACGCACGGCCUGGUGGCUGGACUGGGGGUAUGUCAAUGUAGGCCAGAAUCGGCGCGAUCCGCUGCUCAGUCCGGUGUAUGCGGCGAGCGAGGAGCUGCCGCCGUGGAUCUACAUGGUUGGCGCGCAGUGGGAUAUGCUCCGGUUGGAGGCACAGCAGAUGAUCCAUGCAUUGGCAGGGCUGGAGGAGAGAGUCGGCGCGGAGCAGGAGGAGGACUUCCAGGUCGGCAGGUAUAAGUGGACGUUGGCCAGGGGGUGUCCGCAUGGGUUUGCCCAUAAGUCAAGGCAGAGCGAGGUUACGCGGAGCAUUUACGAGGAGGCGUAUCAGUGGUUGAAACAGGCUCAGAUCCUUUCUUAGGCGUUGUAUCCAGCUGGGGUAGUAUAUUCAAGUAACUGGCAGUAUAGCAGCUGGAAUAGUUAUGCAUAUUAUAAUCUUACUUUAGAUUAUACCUAUUACCAGAGUUAUUAUAUCUCUACCUAUUUUAGGCUGACCCGCGAGUAAAGCUGG